CAUUUCUUUAUUUAUAUUUUUCAUCGAGUGUCAAAAAAAUGGCAGGAAUCUUACGGCAUGUUUCCAAGACUUUGCUAAAACAGCAAUUUACUGCACAAAAUGUCUCUGUGCGUUUUGCUAGCCCCAACAGAAUCAAGCCAUUUCGAGUGAAUAAGCCAAAAGCUCCAGAAAAAGGAGCAAGUAUUGAAUCUUUUGGCACAAAAUUGGAAUCCAAAGGUUAUUUACGUCCUCACAAACCUUAUGAUCCCCCAUCGGAUGCCAGUUCAAAAGUUCAAGCGAUCGCCCAAGAACUAAAUGUCACGGAAAAGCUCGGUUCGCCCAAGGAAAAGUUUGAAUUUCUCAACAAAUGCUUUUUGGCGUUCAAUCAUAUUGUCCCCAAUUCAAGAUUGCAUGAAAUUCAAACAGUUGAUGACGUCGUAAAAUUCUAUGAAACGCCUGUAAGUAAGACAGUUCCCUUGGAUGCCCUCAAAACGAUGGAUUUGCCGGAGAAUUUGCACGUUCAGUACGAAUACCAUCGCUUCCAUCCCGACACUGACACCAUGUUCAAUGGGCAAACUGCCUUCCCGAAGAGCCAUACAAUUGUCACGGGCUUGAAAUACAAGAAGAAAUAUCGUCAGUACGAAGCUAAAAUGAGUUGGCCCUAAAAAUAUUUCCUUUUAACACCCGAAAUUAGUCAAUAAUAAAUUUCAAACACAAAAAAAAA